AUGAUCUUAACGAUAUUAGGCGCUUUUGCAGCUGGUGCUCAGUUGACUCUGGAGCAAAUUAUGGAACUGAUUCCGGCUGAUAAGCGUGAGGCGAUAGCAGCAAACAGUUUGGUGUCGAUUUCCCAGGGUGAACAUCCUGUAUUUGGAUUUAUGUUUUACCACAUUCACCCUUGUCAAACAGCCGCAGUGAUGAAAGAUCUCAAGUACGACAAAUACAUUAUUAGGUAUGUGAAAAUUUUAUUUCUUCUCUUAUUUUAG